AUGGACAGUCUUGCGGUCAUUGUCACCUUCUUGGUCCUCAUGCUAGCCGAGAGAGCCCAAGCCCCCCUCCCGCCCGAGGCAUCCGCCGCCGGUCCUGUUGAAGCCUCAGCACAGGAGAAAACCAUGCCUCCAUGCAGUCAAGACCGCACCGAAACAGCCCAGACAUCACCGCAAGCCGAUAAAACUAGCACUGACAGUGCCAGCACGAGUACCAAAAGCACGCAGCUGCCGUCCGCGCUCAACGAGCCCCGAAGAGCAUCAACUGAACCGCCUCUCCAAGCGACAAAAAUCAAACUCACAAUGUCAGAUCAGCACCAACAGAGCAAGAAGAAGCACAACACCGCACUGGUUUUUAUUUUGCUCGGCCUCACAGAUUUACUGGUCUAUUUCUCGUCAGUCAGGGUCCUUGUGGAAUGCCUGGUCUUUCCCGUGAUCCUGUUUGCGCUUUACCUCUGCUUUGGCAAGUCCGCCUGCUUUUGCUCGUGGACCUGGAGACCACGCAUUCGGAAAAAACAGGUCAAGGCGGCUUGGGCUCAGUUGACCGGUGGCGGGGUUGGCGUGGGCCUGGAGACUGGCAAUGAGGAAAGAAAAGCUCGAGGCGGUUAG